AUGGCAACUAUAUUUGGUAUGCGUUUGAGAACUAAGCUUAAAGAAUGCUUGCCUCUCCACUAUAAGGUUGAUAUCAGAGUGUCUCCCGGUUCUCAUGCCGAUGAACAUUCAGUACAGAUCAGAGCAGAGGGUCUAAGGCUGAACAGACGUGUGGGGAUCGAAUACUUAGCAGUGUGGCUAACACGAUCAGGAUCUGUCCCACGCUAUAACCUGAUGGAAGAUGCGGCUCCAGCUGAGAUAAGUCGUGUCCAGAACUGGCAAUGGAUUAGGUAUGAAGUGGAGUUGGACGGAGAUGGGCUUGGAGUCAGGGUGAACAAAGAGUUGUUUGAGAGAGUUGUGGAAGAAGAGAUGGAAAGAAUCGAGAAAGAAGUUGGUAAAGAUAAGUUUAAGAAAGGAAUGUAUAAGGACAACUGCAAGAAGUUUACAAAGCAAUGUACUGCAAGUGAGCUUGAUGAUUUUCUUACACUUGCUGUUUAUGAUCAUAUUGUAGCUCACUACCCAAACAAUGUGUCAAGGCCCUGAGAGAAGAAAAGAAGAUGCUGGAAGAGAGAGUUUGAGAUAUGAGUGUUGUACUUUUGUCUUCUAUGUUUGUUUCUCAUUUGCUUUUUUUCUAUAUGUCUGUAUAUUGGAUGAACUUGAUGUUUUUAUCUCCAAUAUGAAAUAAAUGUUUCUAUAACA